UUUAAAUUAAAUAAAUUGAACAUUGAACGAUUGAAUUAUGAAUAGUUCAGUUCAGUUCAGUUCCGUUCAACAACAACAACAAGAACAAGAAAGAAGAAGAAGAAAAAUGGUAUAAAUACAACAUUGAAAUUGAAUUAUGUUUCAACUGAAAUAAAUAAUAAUGAAAACCAUAUUGAAGCAAUUCUACAUUUUCAUUGUUUUAUUAAGUAUCAAUGAAGUAACCUUAGGAAAUGAAGAGAAUAUAUACGGUGAACAAUUGAAAAGACCACAAUGUCAUCUCUUAUGCGGAAUUUGUAGACGUAUAGGAAGACUGAUUAAAACGUUCAUGGAACAUGAACCAUUCCUCCCAUUAACCUCAAAAAUAAUAUCUCAGAUAUGCAAAUUAAUUCCCGAAGAACAGUGGAGAGAUGAAUGUCUAGACAUUACAAAUUAUUUACCGAGGACAAUUCAUCAAUUGGCUCAUCAUAUGAAUGUUACCUUAGAAUGUUCUAAACUAGGUUUCUGUCACCAUAAACACACAAUGUUAUCAGAUUCUGAAAUUUCAUCAUGUAUUAAUGAGCAUAUAAAUUAUGGCUUGUCUUUAGCCAAAUCACCAGAAUACGAAGAGAUAAUCAUAAAGAAUAUAUGUAAACAUCAUGCAGCUGAUAAACACAAAUGCUUAGAAACUAUAGAAACAAUAAUGACAUUUCUACUUGAAAUGACCGCUUAAAUUUACAUAUUGAAUUACGAAAUUGUAACUUCUUUAAUAAAUAAUACAAUAAAAUAGUAAUAAUAAUAAUUGAAAGU